GUCGGUUGGGCCGAUGCCGGAGUCGACUUGGCUCCGCCCACCAACUGUAUAGACAUCCCUUUCUACUAUGCGCUUCGUCUAACGUCCUGAAUAUACUCCGAUAAACAGCGGCGCACACAUUUGCUAUAUACCGGUGCCUUUAUUUUUCUUGUGUGUGUGCGUGUGUGUGUGUGUGCCUUUUGGGCACAGGGAAUGUGGUGAAACUUUCAGUGGUGCUGCAGCUGCGAUGCCAAGCAGUAUUCUCCGAGUUUUCGUUAGUUGAAACAACUUUUCGGUUGAUUUCGUACAUUUUUAUUUGACUGAUUUAUAAAAUAUCGUAUAGACACUUGACACAUUCUUCGGCGAUAAAAUUACGAUACCGGUACUUGAGAGUGAUGCGGUGCUUAGUUGAUCCUACCACAAGGAAUAUAUUAUUCGUGUUGAUUGAACUCAUUCGACUUCUACCUUUUUGAUUUUCAUCCGUUCAAAGUGAAAGACACCACCUGUGGCGUGCUGAAGACAACCUCGAAUUAGUUCAUUAGACUGGGACACCUCCACUUUAGCUCAUCAUAUAGUCACAAUAACACCAUGCUGCUGGCCAACGAAAUGCACAUGCCGUCGGGAUCGGCUGCUGCAACUCCGCACCACCAAACUGUCAGCGGCGAACUGUCAUCGCCCACGGAAUCGACGUCAUCUUCUCCGUCUCAAGGAGGCCGACCGGAUAGUGCUCCAUCGUCGACUGAUUUGUUGUGGACCGAUCGGGCCCUGACUGAGAUCAUCGGCGAUCCAUCGGCUCCGUCGGCUUUGCUGGGCGGCGAAUUGGUGCGCACCGGAUCGCCGUGUGUCAUCUGCACGGCCCUUCCGACUCACUGGCGCUCCAACAAGACGCUGCCGACGGCAUUUCGCGUCGUUUGCCUGGGUGGAGUCGAAGACGGAACGCUUGUCACCGUUCGGGCCGGCAACGAUGAAAAUUGCAGCUCCGAACUCAGAAACGCCACCGCCAUUGUCAAAAAUCACGUGGCCAAAUUCAACGAUCUCCGUUUUAUCGGCCGAUCUGGAAGAGGAAAAAGCUUCACUUUAACCAUUACAGUUAGCACGACUCCACCACAGAUUGCGACCUACUCCAAAGCCAUUAAAGUGACAGUCGAUGGUCCACGAGAGCCACGAAGCAAAACACGGCAGCAACAGUCGUUUCGGCCAUUUGGUCUCUCGGCGACUCAGCGGCCAUACAUGCCCGAGAGUUUACGCGAACUCGAUUCCCAUCGCCGCAAGAACGACGCCCUUGCCAGCCUACAUCCAUUAGGCUUUACGACCAUCAACAACCACUUGGACGGAGGCCAGCCGAACCAUUUGUCAACGAACCAAGACGCCACUUGGCCCCCGUAUGGCGGGAGUGGGGGUAGCAGCGCAGGGGCGCUGAGCAGCGGGAGCAGUAGCAGCAGCACAAUCAGCAGUUCCUAUCCAUCUUACCUUGGAUGCAAUGUCACAUCAAGCCCCAGCGCUACUUACAAUCCUCCCGUCUUGACCUACACUGACCUCGGUGUAGGAGGAAGUGGAAGUACGCCGUCGAGCAACAACGCACUCAACGCUUCAAUUGCACAUGGACAAAUAGUUCCUACUACAGUUGGUUUAGGCGAUUGCAACGCUGGAUUGGUUGCCGAUUUCGGGUCUGAAUACGCGAUGCUGAGUACCAGCAACCGGUACCACUCGAACAUAGUCGCCACGAGUUCAGGGACGUCAGCCGAAAGCAAUGGAACCAGUGGAAACGUCGGAGAAAUGAAUUCUUCCACCGGCGAUCAACACACCCACUAUUCCCAUGCACAGACCAAUGGGAAUGCAGUAUCUAGCGGUACCGGAAGUACAGCGAAUUCAAGUCAGUUGUUCCACUCUCAUCAUAAUAUGGGACAUUUCACACCAUCCGCUGCGGCAUUUAUCUCCGGCACUGGAACCGCCAGUUCCCCGACAACGUAUGCUCUACUUGGCCAUUCGUCGACCUACUAUGGCACAGCUCCCUCAACUGCGGCAACGCCCACGCAUGGGCAAGUGUCAUCAGUGGUCGGUCCCGUUUCAACGCACAGUUCUGUCUACCAGUCCAUUGUCUACCCCCAUACCCACCAGUAUCAUCACGGAACUAUUCAUCACACUGAGACUCGAACGUCUCUCUACGCCCAGAGUCCACAUCACGCCAGCCCGUCGCUGUAUCGUGUUGAAAAUCGUCACCAUCAGCAACACGAUGGGUAUCUCGAAUCACUUAAUUCCGCUAUUGGAGGUAACGGAGCUACUGGAGAAAUUGGCGGGGCGCUCCAUGGGUUGACUGGAUCGCCACCGGACAAUAAUCCCAAUGGCCCGAUCAACAGUGCGACGAAUGGAUCUGUCUCACCUGAACAUGAAACGGGAGAUAGUUUGGGACGGACUCAGCCUUCUACUGAUCAAACUGUUUGGAGGCCCUAUUAACAAUCCAUUCCUUUGUGCAAGUAGAGAAAAGAGUACAGCUUUAAAUAUGUUGACAAUGAGACGAAUGAGUGCAAUAUGUUAUACAGUUUCAUGAGAGAAGUUUUUUAAUUUAGUUUCUCCAAUAAUAAUUCACACAGAAUAAUAAUUUUUUAAAUAAUAUGUUGUUAAAGGUGUUUUUCUUAAAACCAAAGAAAUGCUAGCUAGAGCCCUUGGCUUAGCUAUCCAGCAAAAGAGUCCAAUUUAGUAAUUCCCCCCAAUUAUAUGUUCUGUUGGCUUGCGAAUGGACCAUUGUCGACACUCGACAGUAUUUCUGUUGUUAGAAGGAUAGAUUUGUAUGCUAUGCACCGUCAAUGUAUUAAUCUAACAGCCACAUUUUUAUCAAACAUUUAUUUUCUGGUCUUAGGCAAAACAUUUCCUUUAUUAUUUUUUUGCAUAAUAAUGUAUCACUUGACUUCGAAUUCUCGGUGAAAUUUGAAAAAAAAAAAUUACAAGCAUUUUGUUAAUCCGGGUAGCCCACACUAAUACAGUAAUAUCAACUAUAUCUGCUACUAACCACCAUCUACCAAUUGAAUACAGCGAUGAAGUCGAAUUAUUGAAGUGUAUCAAUAAAAUUGUGUCUUUUCUUUAACAUA